AUGGCAAAUUCUAUGAAUGGCAGAAACCCUGGUGGUCGUGGAGGAAACCCCCGAAAAGGACGGAUUUUGGGCAUCAUUGAUGCCAUUCAAGAUGCAGUUGGACCCCCUAAGCAAGCAGCAGCAGAUCGCAGAACUGUGGAGAAAACUUGGAAACUCAUGGACAAAGUGGUCAGACUGUGCCAAAAUCCCAAACUUCAGUUGAAAAAUAGCCCACCAUAUAUACUUGAUAUUUUACCUGAUACAUAUCAGCAUUUACGACUUAUAUUGAAUAAAUACGAUGACAACCAGAAACUUGCCCAACUCAGUGAGAAUGAAUAUUUUAAAAUCUACAUUGAUAGUCUAAUGAAAAAGUCGAAGCGGGCCAUAAGACUCUUUAAAGAAGGCAAGGAGAGGAUGUACGAGGAGCAGUCACAGGACAGGCGAAAUCUCACAAAACUGUCCCUUAUCUUCAGUCAUAUGCUGGCAGAAAUCAAAGCAAUCUUUCCCAAUGGGCAAUUUCAGGGAGAUAAUUUUCGUAUCACGAAAGCAGAUGCUGCCGAGUUCUGGAGAAAGUUUUUUGGAGACAAAACUAUCGUGCCAUGGAAAGUAUUCAGACAGUGCCUUCAUGAGGUCCAUCAAAUUAGCUCUGGCCUGGAAGCUAUGGCUCUAAAAUCAACAAUUGAUUUAACAUGUAAUGAUUAUAUUUCAGUUUUUGAAUUUGAUAUUUUUACCAGGCUAUUUCAGCCUUGGGGUUCUAUUUUGCGGAAUUGGAAUUUCUUAGCUGUAACACAUCCGGGUUACAUGGCAUUUCUCACAUAUGAUGAAGUUAAGGCAAGACUGCAGAAAUACAGCACCAAACCUGGAAGUUAUAUUUUCCGGUUAAGCUGCACUAGAUUGGGACAGUGGGCCAUCGGCUAUGUGACAGGAGAUGGCAAUAUCUUACAGACCAUACCUCAUAACAAGCCCUUAUUUCAAGCCCUGAUUGAUGGCAGCAGGGAAGGAUUCUACCUUUAUCCUGAUGGGAGGAGUUAUAAUCCUGAUUUAACUGGAUUAUGUGAACCUACACCACAUGAUCAUAUAAAAGUUACACAGGAACAAUAUGAAUUAUAUUGUGAAAUGGGCUCCACUUUCCAGCUCUGCAAAAUUUGUGCUGAGAAUGACAAAGAUGUCAAGAUUGAGCCCUGUGGGCAUUUGAUGUGCACCUCUUGCCUUACAGCAUGGCAGGAGUCCGAUGGCCAAGGCUGCCCCUUCUGUCGCUGUGAAAUAAAAGGAACGGAGCCCAUAAUUGUGGACCCCUUUGAUCCAAGAGACGAAGGCUCCAGGUGCUGUGGCAUUAUGGACCCCUUUGGGAUGCCGAUGCUGGACUUGGAUGAUGACGAUGACCGAGAGGAAUCCUUGAUGAUGAAUCGGUUGGCAAAUGUUCGAAAGUGUGCUGAUAGGCAGAAUUCACCGGUCACUUCACCAGGGUCAUCUCCCCUUGCACAGAGAAGAAAACCCCAACAGGACCCUUUGCAGAUCCCACAUCUCAGCCUGCCUCCCGUGCCUCCCCGCCUGGAUCUGAUUCAGAAAGGCAUCGUUCGUUCUCCAUGUAGCAGUCCAACUGGUUCGCCAAAGUCUUCUCCUUGCAUGGUGAGAAAACAAGAUAAACCACUCCCAGCACCACCUCCUCCCUUAAGAGAUCCUCCCCCCCCUCCACCUGAGAGACCUCCCCCUAUCCCACCUGAAAAUAGACUAAGUCGCCAUUUGCAUCCUGUGGAGAGUGUGCCUAACAGAGACCAGCCAAUGCCUCUUGAAGCCUGGUGCCCUCGAGAUAUAUUUGGGGCUAAUCAGCCAGCAGGCUGUCGACUGGUAGGGGAUGGCUCUCCAAAGCCUGGAAUCACAGCAAGCUCAAAUGUAAAUGGAAGGCACAGUAGAAUGGGCUCUGACCCAGUACUAAUGAGGAAACACAGACGCCAUGAUUUGCCUUUAGAAGGAGCCAAGGUAUUUUCCAAUGGUCACCUAGGAAGUGAAGAGUAUGAUGUUCCUCCUCGGCUUUCUCCUCCUCCUCCAGCUACUGCCCUCCUCCCUAGCAUCAAGUGUACUGGUCCUUUAGCAAAUUGUCUUUCAGAAAAGACAAGAGACCCAGUAGAGGAAGAUGAUGAUGAAUAUAAGAUUCCUUCAUCCCAUCCUGUUUCCCUGAAUUCACAGCCAUCUCAUUGUCAUAAUGUAAAACCUCCUCUUAGGUCUUAUGAUAAUGGUCAUUGUAUAUUGAAUGGAACACAUGGUACAUCUUCAGAGAUGAAGAAAUCAAACAUCCCUGAGUUAGGCAUAUAUGUAAAGGGAGAUGUUUUUGAUUCAGCCUCUGAUCCAGUGCCAUUACCACCUGCCAGGCCUCCAACUCGGGACAAUCCAAAGCACGGUUCUUCACUCAACAGGACGCCCUCUGAUUAUGAUCUUCUCAUCCCUCCAUUAGGUGAAGGUGCUUUUGAUGCCCUCCCCCCUUCUCUCCCACCUCCUCCACCUCCUGCAAGGCAUAGUCUCAUCGAACAUUCAAAACCUCCUGGCUCCAGUAGCCGGCCAUCCUCAGGACAAGACCUUUUCCUUCUUCCUUCAGAUCCCUUUUUUGAUCCAGCAAGUGGUCAAGUUCCUUUGCCUCCUGCUAGGAGAUUGCCAGGUGAAAAUGUCAAAUCCAACAGAACAUCCCAGGAUUAUGAUCAGCUUCCGUCCUCUUCAGAUGGUUCACAAGCACCAGCCAGACCUCCUAAGCCACGACCCCGAAGGACUGCACCAGAAGUCCACCACAGAAAACCCCACGGGCCCGAGGCAGCGUUGGAAAAUGUCGAUGCAAAAAUUGCAAAACUAAUGGGAGAGGGUUAUGCCUUUGAAGAGGUGAAGAGAGCCUUAGAGAUAGCGCAGAAUAAUGUCGAAGUGGCCCGUAGCAUCCUCCGGGAAUUUGCCUUCCCCCCUCCAGUCUCCCCACGUCUGAAUCUAUAG